CGGAGCGCGUCCUCAGCCGCGGGCGCGGCCUUUGAAGAGCAACUGUCGCAGAGGACCUACCAUGGCGCGGCAGGGGCUCGCCGCCGCCGCAGAGGAGCGGCAGAGAAAGCUCCAGGAGUACCUCGCAGCCAAGGGAAAACUUAAGUGCCAAGGCAGCAAGUGAGUGAGUCUCCAAGGGUGCGAGUCCUGGGCCCUGGGUGCGCUGUAGCUCCAGCGCCGGCACAUUGCAGCGUUCCGGGAACGACUCUGGAAUGAAUAAGACUGUGCAAGCACGAAAAGACAGAUAUUUCCUUAAUAUUGUUAAAAUGCCAUGUUUACGUGUAGGGUACCUGAAAGGAUUGCAGGUAAAUGGGCCUUAUCUAAAAGCCAAGAAUUGCCCAAAUCCUUCGCUUUCUAACUCUACUGUUAGACCCAAAAAGGAUAUCACCAACCACAUUACUUUGCCUGUCAAAGCUGCAAGACCCAUCAGCAUUCGACUUCAGCCCAGAGCUGCCAAUGUCCCAGGGUCCCAGAAGCCAGAUUUGAAGCCACCAAAACUCCUGGGCAAAAGGCCAGCUUUGGGCUAUGUAUCUUACAAUGCAAACUGUAGGCCUCCCAGCAGGAGUAAGCAGAAGCACAAGACCGGACCACCCACCAGACAACGGUCAAGGGAAACUGUGCAGCUGCUUGAUACCCAGGGACUGGAGGCUGCAUCGCAGCAGGUGACAGGUCUGGGCACUGCUGCAUGUGCAGAUUCUGUGGACAGCACCUGUGGUGGGGGCAGGUACUUGCAAAGCUGUCUAGAAGACGCAAACAAGGAGAACCUGCCCCACGACUUACUGGGCUCUAAGGGGAAGCCACAGCUUCCGCUGUGGGCCAGGAGCAAGCCCGAUGCUAGUUCGCACAGUAAGACCAAGAGCAGUGGGGCUCUGCCAGCCUCGGGCAGACGCUCACCCACCCAUGCUGCUCUGGAAGACGGAGCCAAAGUGCAAUAUGUUGGGGCGACACUAACCAGCACUCUAGCAGGCAAGCUGCAGCAGCUCCCGAUAGGAACAGCGGGGAGCGCCCCAGAGACAGUCCCCUCUCACUUUGUUCAGACCCUUGGGACUCAAGCAUCAAAGGAACCAGGUGCCAAGGACAGGAAGGUCAAUGAAGGUAAACAUGAGGGACCAGGUAGAGCUAAGCUGCAAUCACGUGCUGUCACCAAGCAGAAAGCAGAACAGACCAGACCCAGAGCAUGCCCCACUUUGCUGCAGAGGAGACCUGAUAGCAGGCACCUGAACGGUAAGCAAGACCGGAAGCCCAUUCAGCCUUGUCCUGGGCAUCAGGCGUCGUGCAUGCAGCAGAGACCCAAAGCCAUCAGCCAGAGGCCUCAGCUGGCACUUGGCUCAGUCACCACACACACCCCGAAUACCAGAGCAAAUGGGCCCAAUGGGCAUAAACACAGCAGCUGUCAGCAGAAAGCGCGGACUCUAGACUCCAAGUUGAAAGGAGCUCUCCCCCAGAACCAUUUUCUAAACAAGACAGCUCCCCAAACUCAAGCUGGCGGCACAGCCAUAAACGGAAGAGGAGCCCCAGAUGGGGGCCAGACUAAUGCAGGUGUUAAGAAGGCCACAGCCGGGGAUCGGAGGAAACAACUGGAAGAAUGGCAGAAAUCUAAGGGAAAAGUGUAUAAGCGGCCUCCCAUGGAGCUUAGAACAAAAAGGAGAGUCGUAGAGCAGAUGAACAUGUCAUUCUGGAAGAGCAUGGAGACAGAGCGGGAGGCCCAGUACGAGCUCUCCAGCAGGAUCAGCAGCACCCUGGCCGAGUGUCUACGGCUCAUUGAACAGGGUGUGCUCCCUGAUGAAGUGUUCACCAUCUUGUCCAGCAUUCCCGAGGCUGAAAAGUUUGCUAAAUUCUGGAUCUGCAAAGCCAAGUUCCUGGCGAGUAAAGGCACCUUCGAUGUUGUCGGGCUGUAUGAGGAGGCUGUGAGACAUGGGGCAGCGCCAAUACAGGAGCUGCGGGAAGCCGUUCUUCAUAUUUUGCAAGACCCAAGCAGAACCGUAGAUGGAAUCACCUCCAACUCUUCAGUUGCUGAAACUAAUAGAUCAUCAGUGGAAGACCCUGCCCAGGAGGUGGAAUGUGGGAAGUCUUGUCUUCCUCCGAAAGAGAUGGGACAGGUCCCAGCAACACCCCACAUGACCAAAGUGGGACAGGACAGCCUUCCUGGUAUCAAGCUGCAGGUUGCCCCCCUCCCCAGGACGAGUGGGAGGCCAGAAGGGCAGGGCCUGAAGCUGAUCACCCCCGUCCGGCGCUCGGCCAGGAUCGAACGUGCUGUGUCCCGCUACCCAGAGAUGCUGCAGGACCACGACUUGGUAGUAGCAUCUCUUGACGAGCUCUUGGGAGUGGAGGAAACAGAGUACUUCGUGUUCCGUAGAAACGAGGCUUUGCCUGUAACAUUGGGGUUUCAGGUCCUCGAAUCGUAAUUUCUUGGCGCUUUUUGUUGAAGAAGCGUUCCAGAGUCUCCAUGAGACGAGACACGCCCUCGCCCAGCUGCCCUGGCACACAUGGACACAGACUAGCUCUUGGGGCUUGGAAAGUCACUCGCUGGGCUUCCUCUGGAGUGUGUCCCCACGGGAAGGCUGUAGUGGCCGCUUUACAAUGUGCAGAAGGUUCACCCUGGAUGAGAUUUAUCCACAAGGGUGUUGACGGCAUCAGACAGGGCCCCAGCAUGGCAGACUCCCCUCCUACAUCCACCUGAGCAGGGAUGGAAGUCCUCCCAGCAUGACAUGUGCACUUAGAGCAGAUAAACACCAGGCGUCUGGCCGCAUCCCCUCACUUUACAUGCGGUUUUGCCCUCGCUGUGCCUCUGCUCAGAGGUCACAGGUUAUGUAUGUGUGACCUUUGACUUUCGUCACCAUGUCGCUGUGCUGAGGGGUGAUUCACAUCCUUCCUAUGCCAAGUCUCUAAUGAAAUGCAGCCCUGACUUGGGGUGGUCACCAAGUUUCUUAUAUCCAGACCCUCGUUUUGCAUUUGUUCUUCAGAAAUGCUUCACAUAGACACUGCCUCACCUAGUUCUUCACUGGGGGCACCAACUCACUCUGGGGUGCCUCCCUCCCCCUGGGCAGCUGCUCUUGGGAAGGUAAACUCAGAGUCACUGUGGAAAUGUAAUAUGUGGGACCCCUAGUCAACACAUGCUACCUGUUAGCUUUCUUAUUGUUAACCAGAAAAUAUUAAAUUUUGUUUAUUCCUGCUCA